ACCUCCCAGGGCUUAGUACGUAGGUCUUUGCCCGGACAGCCAAUAGUCGCGAAUGCGCACGGGAGCUGCUGCUGCUGCUUUUUUCAGCCUUGGCGCGAGCCUCCCCAAAGGCUCUUUCCUCGCCCUCCCCUCCCCUCGUCCCCUCCCGAGGGCGGGUGGCCCAGUCAGUCGGCGAAGAGGAGGAGGUGCGGAGGUACCAACGCAUCCCUCGCUCAGGCGCACCAGGCAGACCGGCUGCAGACUGGCGAGGCAGGCCUAGGAGGAGCUAAGCGCGCGUUUUCCAGAUCCAGGAGCUGGUCGGAGGGCAAAAAGACCGGUUUCUUCUAGGCUGGCGGAGACUUAUUGUAGCAGCUCUGAGGAUGUUUCUGCUUGGCUCGACAAGGCUACUGUUCUUGCUGGCUCUUCUUGGCCUGGUCUUUUCAGCUCCUACUUUGGACAGUAAGAAAAAGGAGCAACCCCAGGAGAUAGUCCUAAGCUUUCCAAAGGAUGAAACUAGCCUGAAUGAAAUGCUCCAGGAAGUUGAGGAAUUGAUGGAGGACACUCAGUAUAAGCUGACCAAUGCAGUCAAAGAGAUGGAAGCAGAAGAAGAUGGCUCUAAAAAGAUAAUGGGAAUUGAAUUUCAGAAGCUUCCUGCCAAUUACCAUAAUGAAUCCUACACAGAUACAAAAGUUGGAAAUAAAACUAUACAUAGACAUCAAGAAAUUGAUAAGGUAACGGAUAAUAAAACUGGAUCUACUAGCUACUCUGAGACUAUUAUUACAUCAAUACAAGAAGACAGAAAGAGAAAUCAUGAAUGCAUAAUAGAUGAAGACUGUGAAAUUGGAAAAUACUGUGCAUUCUCUGAUUUGAUGUACAACUGUCACAUUUGCAAAUCUCAACACACACACUGUUCUCGGGAUGUGGAGUGUUGUGGACAACAGCUCUGUGUAUGGGGUGAGUGCAUGAAAGCUGUCUCAAAAGGAGAAAAUGGGACAAUUUGUGAAAAUCAACAUGACUGCAAUCCGGGUUUGUGCUGUGCAUUUACAAAAGAUCUUCUGUUCCCCAUAUGCACCGCCUUCCCUGGUGAGAGAGAACCUUGCCAUAAUCCUUCAGAUGGGCUUCUCAACCUAAUUACUUGGGAGCUGGAACCAGAUGGAGCUCUUGAUCGUUGCCCAUGUGCUCAUGGGUUGAUUUGUCAGAAGCAAAGUCAUAGCAGCGAAUCUCUUUGUGAAUUAUCGUUGAACAAGACCCAAAGUGAGGACAAAAACCAACUACUAGCAGAUGAAUUAUCACUUCUAGACUUUGUAACCCAAGAUAUUCCUGGUGAAUAUGAAGAGAGACUGAUCAAAGAAGUGCAGAAAGAACUGGAAGAUGAAGUGGCUGAUUCAGGGAAAUUAGCUAUGGCUAGUGACUUUUUUGGAGAGGAAAUAUAAGUCUAGCAAGUUAACUGAUCUUACGUGCACUAUUAUUGCUGUUUCAAGAGUUAUCAUACACACACGGUAUACCUGGACCUCCUCUUUGCUGCAUAGAAAUGCAGUUAACUCCACUGCAUAGAUUCAUGAAAAUAGAUUACUCUUCUAAAGCUCAAGCUAAAUAUAAUGGGUAGAGAUCCCUACAUUUUAAGUACCGUUUUGAGCUGGUUAAGAAUUAGGGUUCAGUUUAAGACUGGUGGUUUGAGUUAUGUAUUUCUUGUAUAUAUUGCUCCUUUAAAAAAAAUCCAGCUUUUUUUUUGCUUCUUAAAGUUCAACAAUACUGAAUGAUGCUGUGUACUUUGUGACUAGAACCUACAGGAUGGUGUCUAGUAUAUGCAGAGCAUAUCAGGAGAGUCUGUUUGAAUUAGUUAUAUUGACUACACCUGGUGGAAGUGAUAGUGUAUGAGCUGCAUAUCUUGGUUUGGAAUGAACAUUUCCUGAACAUAUGCCUGAAACAGGGUAAGUUGUCCUGAAAUACUGCUUUCGAUGAACAGGUACUACAAUAAAGUUGAAACUCUCCUAUUGGCAAUAGAUGUGUAAAACAUGAGAUCAUGCUGUCUGUAUAUGUGUGUAUGUGUAUAUACACACACACAUACACAAGUAUAAAAAGUGUUCACCGAGAGUUUUAGGAUGUAUAACUUUUCCACAGUAUUCUCAAAUUUAAGUGCAGCUCCAUGAAGGGGAAAAUGCAAUUACAGUAGUUUCUUUUUUGGGGUGUGUGUGUCUGAAUACUGGAAGAUUAGAGCUCUUGAUUUUCUUUUAAAUAACUAUCUUACUAUACCAUAUAAAUCUAUUUUUAACACUUACAUUUUUAGCAGCAUUGUCUAAUCCUUAAGAAUAUAUUGGAGUUCUGGUCAAAAUUCUGUUGGAGUGACAGUUUCAAACAUUGUAGGAAUGAAUGUGCAUACUGGCCUUCUCUACCACAUCUGUCUCUAUUCCCCAACCUUUGGUUAUUAUCUCAAAGGCCUCACUAUGAACUGUUCAUGUUUUCCCUGAAUAUAUAUAUAUAUAUAUACACCUUGAUUCUGGAUCCCUCAUGAAUUGGAAAAGAAAUUAAUCACAAACUGUUCAAAUCUUGUGCAGCACUGACAUCUGUGCAAAAUAAAUCUUCACAUAUUCAAAUACUUGUGACAUCCUUCCACAAUUAGCUGCAAAUAUUCAUGGCAAUUUAAGAUCCACCAGCAAAGAAACAUUUGGAAGUCAGUUCAAAAGGCUUUUCUUCCAUUUACAUAAGAAUUUCUUGCAAAACGAUCCUGUAUUUUGACUAUUACAAUAAAUUUCAAAGUGUGAUUAAAGUAA